UUUAAUAUUUAUAGACAAGCACUAUACACCUGACGGAAAUCCCUUAAACCCAUAUAAAAAUUUUAUGUUUUAAACAUAUUUUAGUAUUGAAUGAUAUUUAACUUAAUUAAAAAAAUACGCAAUAUCUCCUAAGACCUCACUUAAGAUUGAGUGAGAUCCAACUUGUGUGUGAUGUAAUGCAUAGAUGCCCCCUAUGUCUUUUUUAUGUAAGAGUGGGCAACCAUACUUGUGGUUUGUCUGAUGAUACAUCAAACAAAAAAAAGCAAUAAAUGGGAAUGCAAGAUGUGUGGUGAAAAGCAAUCAAUAAAGCGUCAUUAUGGCAUUGGAACUGGUAAAGAGUGCAGAUUGCAUGUACAGAAAUUAAAUAAAUUGCAAGCUGAAAAAAUCAAUAUGCCUAAAAUUGAAGUAGAAGAAGAGGAAGAAGAAGAAGAAGAAAUGGAAAAUAAACUAAAAAUUACUACUACUCUGAAUUACAAUAAUAAAAGUAAGUGGUCUAAUUAUAUAACUGAACACAAAGAGAUACAAGACAUGAAUGAGCUGAUGUUUCUUGAUGACAAAGAAGUAGUUCUAGAAAAACCAAAAAAUGUCAUAAAGUCGAAGCAUAAAAUAACCAGUCAUAAAUAUUCAGACAAAGAUUAUCGUGAUUCUGUAACGUUGGAUGAUGUUAGGUCUGAAGAAAAAUUUAAAAGUCAUGAACAAAGUUGCAAUGGGACACCCGAAAAGAAUAGAAAAAUUCCUAUUUGCAAUAUGAACUUGAGUUUCACAAAAACUAAAUCAGUAACAUCUUUGGUAGCUAUUGAGAAAAACACUUGUUCCAAUAUAUUAAAUAAUGUGUGUAUAUCUAACUCACAAGCUAUUACAAAUGAUAAACAAAAUAGUUUAAAAAAGAAUUCCAAAUGGGCACAGUUCAUUGAAGUGGAAGAUAGUGUUGAUGAAAAUAUGACUUCAAAUAUUGAAUAUUCAGAGGGGAACAAGUCUCAAAUGAGUGUAGCUGCUGAAAAUAACUUUUCACAUUCACUGCCAAGCCAAGAAUGUUGUAAAUCUCAAGAUUUAAAUACAAGUUUUGAUUCUAAGAUUCCCAUAAAAGAAAAUAAAAUGAUGAAAAGGGCACAAAGAAAUGAAUCUAUAUUUUCAAUGGUGAAUGAACAUGAUUUGGACAGCAUUCUAAAUAUUUAAAUAUUAUAAAAUAAAAAUAUAUCUAAAUGUUCUAAAUAUGAGUGAGAGAAAUAAAAUAUAUGAUGUUUUUAUAGAUUUCUUUAUUUUAUCUUUAAAACCAAAUACAUGGUGUUUAAAAUGCAUGCCUCAGAUUGAAAAUCUCUGUUGUUACACAUUUAAACCUACAAGCAUUUCUAUAAACAACCAUUCUCAUCACAUGGCAACAACU